AUGUCUGUUAACGAAGAUACAUUACAGAAAACAACAGAUCUGGUACUAUCAAAGAAAGAUGUUGCAGAAAAUGGAGACCAGGUGGACGAUGUCAUUGACGAAAACACUCGCUUGACUAUCAGCAAAGAAUCACCACUCUCGGAUGUUGCCACUUCUCCUCCACCAUUUGACUUGGCUUUACCAGAUUCAGAAUUGGAUCUAAAUUCAGAGUUUUUAAGCAAUAAGAAUGAAAACCCCGACGCCCAAGGUGGCGACAACCAUGGGGCGGAUCAGCAAAAUGCAAUGCAGGAAGUCAACGAGAAGAUUUUAGAUGCAUCACAGGAUCGACCAACACUGAGAACUAAUAAUGACUUUCAACUAGGUGAAAUUUCUCGCCAGCGAAAGGAUAGUUAUGAAAGCUCUGAAUUGAGUGACUUGGGCGAUGACGAAUCAGAAGCAGAGACUGAUAAGAUGGACUUUUUGGAUGAAAGGGAUGGAGAAAACCUAGUGAAGCCAACCGAUUUACAAACGUUGUCAGAGUUGACAGAGUUGGCAAGAUUGGAAGAGAUUGACGGUGACUCAGAUGAAGAGUUUGCCGAGGCCAAAGGUACAGUUAAGAAUGCAAAAGAUGGCCUUCAAAGUUCCUCCAUUAACAACAAGUUGGAGGACAUGGAAGAGUCAGAAGAUGCAAUAACGCGCAAAAGGACAGCCACAAGAGCUAACGAUGAGUAUGAAUCAGUUGGAUAUAAGAAGAUAAAGACGGACACGCCAAUUGAAUCUAGUCUUGGCGGUGUUGGUGCAGAAAACAAGGAAGAAACCAGAGAAGAGGAUACGAAAGCGGAAGAUGAGGCCAAAGAUAGUAAUGACGUGGUUGAAUUCCCCGAGAAAGUAGCUUCAAAGUCUACCGACAAGAUUGGCCACGAUGAUGAGGAUAACGAAGCAGAAGCCGAAGAUGAGGGGGAAGAAGACGAUGACGCAGAGGAGGAUGAAGAAGGAGAAUCUAGAAGAAGAGAAAAAUUGACAUCCAUAGAGCAACAAGAACACCAAGAUAAGGUAAUUACAGAUGCGGAAGAGCUAAAAGAUGCACAAGAAGCUCUCGAAAAGAGUGUUGAACAAGUCGUUGCCGAGGAAAAUGACACAGACAUUAACGAACAAAGAGAACUAGCGGUAAAAGGGUUAAUAGCUAUUGAAAAAUGUUUCGCUGAAGUGCGCGAUAAGCUAUAUGACGAUAAAUUGUCCUUGUUGGAGAAGGAAUUGCAGCUAUGUUUAGAUGGAUCUCACCCUGAGCUAUCUAAAAUAUAUCAGAAAAUCAAUGGGUUUUACCAAGACAGCUUAAACUUGGCCAAUGCAAACUUGACUUACAGAUUGAAGUGCGUGGAUAAAGAAACGAUGGCAACACGCACAUCUAUACACCAGAACUAUCUCAGAAAUAUUAUGGACACUAAAAAUGCAAUGAUAACAGAAACAACGUCAAUGUGGUACAAGAUCAACAAAGAAAGAAAUCAGCUAGAUCAAAUUGUGCCCGACUUCAACUAUGCAGCAAUACCACUGUCGAUAUUGGCUCAAGAGGAGCUACCUGUAUCGAGCUCUGGCAUCGUCACCGAAGUUAUGGGACCAGUUGCACCAAAGAUGAAGAAAGCUAUUAAACAAAGUGCAAUUGUUGAAUUGGUGCAGCAGCGAAACAACUUGAAUGAGCAAUUGGGAAUAUUAAAUGGACUAGUCAAAUUUCAUGGCUUCCCCUCAGCUGUUAGUUCCUCGAUCAAUCAAGAUGAUGUAGCGACUCGGGAGUUGCUUUUGCGGAAAGCCAGCGAGGAAGAGAUAAAUGAGGAUUUAAAAGCCAUGGGCAUACCGACGUAG